UACAGCACAAAAGGAGGCAAGCAGAGCAGAAGAAACUAAUUAACAUGAUAUCAGGAUCCAAGGAGCCUCACUAAAUUCCUUCUGCUCUCAUUGGCACCGGAUGGCUGAGCCCGGAGACAUGAUCGAAGAUGAAGUGUUUGUAGACAUCAAACUCAGCGAUGAUGCUGAGAUUGGUCAGUUGGAGAUUAUGCAACGGAGAAGUAGCAGUAGCAUAGAGUGUUUAGUGAGGAAGAAGAGGUCACUUAGAGGCCGGUUUACAUAUGGCAUUAUCUUCUCAUUGAUAAAUCUUGUAGCUUGGUUUCUUCGUGACUAUGGCCACAGGGUUUGUCUUGAUCAUUUCCAUAUAGUUGUUAUUAGAGCUUGUGGACCAGAGGGCCAUGAAUGUUUCCAAACGAUGGGGGUUCUUCGCGUGAGCUUGGGAUGCUUUAUAUUCUUCUUUAUGUUGUUUCUAACCACGUGUGGUACAGCCAAGCUGUUUAGCCUUCGGAAUACAUGGCAUUCUGGAUGGUGGACCAUUAAGUUUGCCAUAUUGAUGAUCACUCUUGUGAUUUCCUUCUUCAUCCCCUCGGAUUAUGUUCAUUUAUAUGGUGAACUUGCUCGAGUUGGUGCAGGGAUUUUUCUGCUCCUUCAACUUGUAAGCGUGAUUGAGUUCAUAGCAUGGUGGAAUGCUUACUGGAUGCCCGAGGAAACAAAGAAGCAAAGCUCGUGUUGCGGAUUAUUCAUGUCGACGCUGUUUUAUAUGGCUUGUUUAUGCGGGAUUAUAAUGAUGUAUGCAAUGUAUGCAUCCAAACCAUCCUGCACCCUCAACAUAUUUUUCAUCACAUGGACGGCUAUUUUGCUUCUGGUCAUGGUGGUUAUAUCUUUGCAUUCAAAGGUAAAUAAAGGCCUUCUAUCAUCAGGAAUCAUGGCAUCUUAUAUUGUUUUCCUCUGUUGGUCUGCUCUAAGAAGUGAGCCUGCCGACGAGAAAUGCAGUCCUCAAAAGAAUGAAAACAAACAUGUUGACUGGAUGACUGUUCUAGGCUUCCUUAUCGGGGUUUUUGCCAUUGUCAUGGCAACAUUUUCCACUGGGAUCGAUUCACAAACAUUUCAGCGGAAGAAACAAGAAGAUAGAAAGGAAGACGAUAUCCCAUAUAGAUAUGGAUUUUUUCACCUGAUAUUCUCCUUGGGGGCUAUGUACUUUGCUAUGCUUUUCAUCAGCUGGAAUCUCGACGACAGCUCCACCAGAAAAUGGAGCAUAGAUGUCGGGUGGGCAAGCACAUGGGUGAAAAUAGUUAAUGAAUGGUUUGCCGCCACCCUAUAUUUAUGGAAAUUGAUAUCUCCAAUUGUAAGACAACCCAAGAUCAUGAAUUAUGAUGAACAACCUCAAGAGCAUCAGCAAGAUUCAAAUUAAGUAGUGCAUAUAUGCUGUGUUAUGAGUCGUCGUCAAUAUUCAAGUGAAACAUUGUAAAAGUAACCUGCCUACUUGCAUUAUAUAUAAUGUUAGUUUUUCUUUUGUUUAUAUUGGUCGCGAUCAUAUCGUUGAUUAAUGGAUUGAUCUGCACAUGUACUACUAAUUAAAUGAA